GGCGGGGACACCGAGCGGCCCCCGGGAGCCGCGGCCGACGCCAUGGCUUUCAACUUCGGGGCCCCGGCGGGCACCACGGCCGCCGCCGCCACCGCCGCCGCGCCUGCGGGAUUUGGGGGGCUCGAAGCCCCCAACCCCCCCGCCAGCGGGUUUAAUUUUGGGGGCCUGGGGCUGGCCGCCAACCCCGCCGUCAACUUUAACAUUGGGACUUUCGGCGUGGCCACCACCUCGGCGCCCCCCUUCAAUUUCGGUGGGUUUGGAGGGUUCGGAACCACGACCACCGCAGCCAGUUCUGCGUUUAGCUUUACCGCUCCAACCAACACAGGCACAACAGGUCUCUUCGGUGCUACUCAGAACAAAGGUUUUGGAUUUGGGUCCGGUUUUGGCACAGGAACGGGAACAAAUCCAGGCCUAGGGGCCGGUUUGGGAGCCGGGUUGGGAUUUGGAGGAUUCAACACGCAGCAGCAGCAGCAGCAGCAGCAGCAGACAACUUUAGGCGGCCUCUUCAGUCAGCCCACGCAGACGCCUCCCCAGUCCAACCAACUGAUAAAUACGGCAAGCGCCCUCUCCGCCCCGACGCUUUUGGGCGACGAGAGGGACGCCAUCUUGGCGAAAUGGAACCAGCUCCAGGCCUUCUGGGGGACGGGCAAAGGAUACUUCAGUAACAACAUUCCUCCCGUGGAGUUCUCCCAGGAAAACCCCUUUUGCCGAUUUAAGGCAGUGGGCUACAGUUGCAUGCCCAACAACAAGGACGAAGAUGGCCUGGUGGUCUUAGUCUUCAACAGGAAGGAAACGGACAUUCGCAGCCAGCAGCAGCAGCUGGUAGAAUCACUACAUAAAGUUUUAGGAGGAAACCAGACCCUCACCGUCAACGUCGAGGGUGUGAAGACGCUGCCGGACGACCAGACGGAAGUCGUCAUUUACGUCGUCGAGCGUUCUCCCAACGGGACCUCGAGGAGAGUUCCCGCCACCACCCUCUAUGCUCAUUUCGAACAAGCGAACGUAAAGCCCUCCUUGCAGCAGCUUGGCGUGACCCUUUCCAUGGCUCGAACCGAGCUUUCUCCGGCACAGAUCAAACAGCUCUUGCAGAAUCCUCCCGCCGGUGUUGAUCCAAUUAUCUGGGAACAGGCCAAGGUGGACAACCCUGAUCCCGAGAAGUUGAUUCCUGUCCCGAUGGUCGGGUUCAAGGAACUGUUAAGAAGGCUGAAGGUCCAGGAUCAGAUGACCAAGCAACAUCAGACCCGAUUAGAUAUCAUCUCUGAAGAUAUAAGCGAGUUGCAGAAGAAUCAGACCACGACUAUGGCCAAAAUAGCCCAGUACAAGAGGAAGCUGAUGGAUCUGUCCCAUAGGACCUUGCAGGUCCUGAUCAAACAGGAAAUCCAGAGAAAGAGCGGCUAUGCCAUCCAGGCCGACGAAGAGCAGCUCCGGGUCCAGCUCGACACGAUCCAGUGUGAACUCAACGCCCCCACCCAGUUCAAGGGCCGGUUAAACGAGUUGAUGUCGCAGAUCAGGAUGCAGAACCACUUCGGCACGGUGAAGUCGGAAGAGCGAUAUUACAUAGACGCGGAUCUGCUCCGGGAGAUCAAGCAGCAUCUGAAACAGCAGCAGGAAGGCCUGAGCCAUCUGAUCAGCAUCAUCAAAGACGACCUCGAGGAUAUCAAACUGAUAGAACACGGCUUGAACGAGGGCAUCCACCUCAGAGGGGGCGUCCUCAGUUGACAGCCGCCGGCCUUGGCGCGGGGGGCGAGGGGCCGGCCCUCCGGCCCGGUUCCGGUUCCAGGACCGUCCGAUGAGAAGGCGAGGCCAGUCGCCGGUUCGGCUUUUCAGACGUGACGUUCGGCGGGCCGUUGGGGAACGCGAGCUGAAUUUGCUUUUAAAAUUUUUUUAAAUAAAGGACCCUACACCCAGGUCCCGUUAGGUCGGUCUGACGGCGGGGUCGACCUGGAAAAAUCAGCGUCGAAGACGUCGCCCUUGGCUGACCUCUCGUCCAUCUUUUCACGGCCGGUAAAAGUAGAAGAGGAAGGCCGCUUUGCACAGAGUGAACUUUGAAGCCCCGCCCUGGGAACUGAGCUGUGGCAGAUUUGUACCUUGUGGAGACGGAAGCCAGUUUUUAUAUAUGUCUCUGUCAUCCGUGGAAGAAGUAAAGAGAGAUUCUAAGAGUCACUGAUACCGAUUUGGCUUUCCUCUGGGACGACAAGGAUUUUGAAAGGUAUAUUUUUAUAUCGUUUCUUUGGAACGUUGGAAAUAAGUUCUCUCCAUCCUUUGGAAACAACCAAAUCCCCAUCCCCUUCUAUAACAUUGACUUGCUUUUCUUUUUGGCGUUUUCACUUCUGUAAAAGAUGAGAACUUCUUAUAAAUAAACUCUUGCUUUGUAAUAACUUUUA